CAUUAAAUAAUAGGGCCUUACAGAUUAAUUUACCUAUUUAAGGUCCCAGCUACCCUUUGAGCUUCUCCAACUCAUUGCUCAACUAUGAUAUAGAUCAUCCAGCAAAUGAUCGGGAAGUUCAGAAGCAAGAUAUCAUGAUGAAGAUCUGUACCAGAAGAUAAAACAAUUGAAGUGCAUCCUUCAGAACCGGACAAGAUUGCAGAAGAAGAUUGAAAUAAUCACGGAAGCUAUGAGUCUGAGGAGAUCAUCCUGCGGAAAAAUGUUAGCAGCAGGACUUCAUUUCAUCAGGACAUAAAUGAAUGAGUGAAAAUUCUUUGUGCCCACCAAUCGCCUCUUCGGCCAAAUCCAUCUAAGAACUUUUCAACUAAGAAGACUCUUAGCCAGGCUAUAGAAGAGCAGAAUGUUGCUCGUCAGAAGUCGAAGUCUCAAUUCAGGAGGCCUAAUUCAGAGAUGGUUAAGAAAAUUAAGAGAAAGAAGAAAGAUGUGGUUUUUACACAGAAAAUUCUUGGUCCCAAUUAUGGCUCGAGUAUUCCUCUCAGAGUUGGGAGGUGUUCAAUAAAUAUCAAGCCGUCAAAAUUUCACCUGUAUAAUACCUCUAAGCAGGAAAAUGCUUUCUCUAUUGAUGUCAAGAAUUUCAGCACAGAGGUAUGGAAUCAGAAGAAGUCAUUCCCAAGUGCCUUUGAGAAUUAAUAAAAAUAAUUCAUCCUAAAUUUCAGAUU